AUGUCUACGCCACCAUUGGACGGUCCAAAGGACGAAUCUAGUCCAAUACAAGAGAAUAUUAUGGAGUCUGAUGCACAAAGUUGUCUGGAAAGCCCAAGUGUGCCACAAAAAUUGGAGUCUAGUGCUUCUGCCACUAUCGAAAAUCUUUCGAAACUAGGAGACUCCCGAGACGACCAGAGUUCUUCCGACAGACAUAAUGAUACAGUAAAUGUGUGUCCAGGAUCAGCAACAAAUCCGAAACAAAUACCAACUGGAACUCUUCAAAGAGAACUCAAAGAUAUUCAAAAUCUGAUGGUUACGAAGAGAAUGGUCGGAGGAUCAGAGCAUCCAAACACUAUUCGACCAAACGAAUAUAAAUUGUCUUCAGUUAACUCCACUCCAGAAGCGCCACGUGCCAAACUCAGAUCACAACAAAUUACGAAUAACGUGCAUGAGAAAGCCAAAAAAGAGACUUCUGAAGGAAGAUACCAGAAAUUGUUGGAGGCAAAGUCUCAGAAUCAAGAGACAAAAAUCUUCUUGUUUCCAUUGGAAAUCACGGCUGGUUUCAAAGGGGACUACAAAGCUAGACAGCCGACAGGUGUACUCUCACUACCUGGUAAAUCUCGACUCAGCAUUCGCCACAAAUCGGUAAAAGAUGGGGAGAUUUUCUAUCAAUUGUCCGAUCUUCCCCAUGUUGUUGAGUACGUUCCUCAGCUGUCCCCACUCGUACUGGAGGAGCCACGUCGUGCCUCCAAAUGUGAAGUGAACGAGAAAUAUCUAUCUGCAGAUGAUGCUGAGCAGGCAGAAAAGGAGAAGAAGGCGGACGAAGCUUCCGCACCAUCUAUAGAUGAGCAAAAGUCAGUUCCAAGUGAGGACCUAUCGAAUCAGUAG